CAUGGGAGGCAUGGGCAUGGGAGGCAUGGGCAUGUCAGGCAUGAUGGGAACGAUGGGAGCCAUGAUGGAUAGUGCUUUCAAUGUGAAUAACCUUCCUCAGUUUGGUAUGCAAGCAGGACCUCAGAACAAUAUGUUCCAAAUGUCAAAUUUUCAAGGGGGUCACCAAGCCACACAGCAGCAUGUGCAGCACAUUCAGCAACAAUACCAGCAUCAAUAUCAGCAAAACUAUCAGCAGGGACAGUCUCAGCAGAUGCAGGGUGCUGCUCCUCAGGCUCCUAUGCAAAUCCCCCCAUCAAUGCAAGCCAGAGCUUACAACCAACAACUGAGCAAUGCGGGCAUGUUCAGUAUGUCGCAUGAAAUGCAGAUAGAGGCUGGUUUGAUUGAAGAAGAUGAGCAUAGAGUCAGAAGAAAGCAAAAAUCAAAAAAAUGGAAAGAUGAAGAUGAGGAACCAGUUGAUGAAGAUGCAGAGAAAGAGAGGUUGAAGCAGGAACUUGAAGAGAUGAAGAAACAGCAAGAAGAAGUCCGUAAGAAGCUGGCUGAUAACAAAGAAUUAUCUGAGAAAUUGAGGGCAUUGUUUGUAAAGGGAUUGCAGCGGUGCUUGGCAGUGUCUGGGACCUUGGACCCCACUGAGGGCACAGUGAAGCCCAUGCUGGUCUACCCAAGUGACAACGAAGACCCAGUUGUUCUUUGGUCCAAAUCUUCUGAUUAUGGUGAUGUGUCUGGAAAGAAAUGGAGUUCUGAGGAUGACUGUGCAUACCUGAGAGAGGCCUUAAAGGGACUAGGUACAAAUGAGGAUGCUGUUAUCCAUAUUGUAGCAACUCGUUGCAACUCCCAAAGACAGGAGUUGAAGCUAAAGUACAAGACCAUGUACGGAAGAGAUCUGAUUGAAGAUAUUAAGUCUGAAUUAAGUGGUGACUUCAGGGAGGCUGUGAUGGCUUGUUUUGUGAAACCUGCUGAAUAUGACGCUUGGAGCAUUAAGGAGGCCAUCUAUGGACUGGGUACAGAUGAGGCAUCACUUAUUGAGAUCCUGAUGACCAGAACCAAUCCACAGAUCAAGGAGAUACUGGCAGUGUAUGCUGAUGUUGCUAGCCCCAACAGAAAGGUGACUGGCUCUUUGCUUGAAAAAGAUAUCACUGAUGAUACAAGUGGAGACUUCAAGAGACUUUUGAUUUCAGCAGCCCAGGGAAAUCGUGAUGAGUUGACAAUUACUGAGGAUGCUGUCGAAGAAAUAUUAUUGGAUGAUGCACCCACUGGACAGUUCCGCAUCAACUUUUCCAAACUUGUGGAUGUUGAUAAGUGUAAGAGAGAUGCUGCAAUUUUGUAUAAGGCUGGAGAGGACAGAUGGGGUACAGAUGAAGAAGCUUUCAACAGGAUUUUUUCUGUAAGGAACUAUUAUGAACUGAGACACACAUGGGAUGAAUAUGUCAAGCUUUCCCAGCGAGAUAUCCUGAACUCAGUAGAUCGUGAAACCUCUGGUGAUUUCAAGGCAGGACUGAAAGCAAUAGUAAUGAACAUCCGUUGUCGUCCAAUGUUCUUUGCUGAACGACUGAAAGCUUCUAUGAAAGGGCUAGGCACAGAUGACAAGACUUUGAUAAGAAUUAUUGUAUCCAGAUCUGAGAUUGAUAUGGUUCAGAUCAAGGCAGCAUUCCUUGCACUGACAGGGCAGACUCUGUGGAACUGGAUUAAGAGUGACUGCUCUGGAGACUACAAGAAACUACUGCAGGCAAUUGUGGGAAGAGAUUAACCUGCUGUUCAAGGAAGGAACCAAUUCAUCCACGUGAAAGAAAACAUAUCAGAUAGUAAACUGUAUUGAUUGAACUUUUGAUGUUUUGCAAGUACACUGUGUUAAUUGAAAUGUUGAUGUUUUCCAUCUAAUCUAAGUGUAUAUUUUUGGACCAGGAUUUGUACCGUUCACUGGUGUAUCCAGGAUUUUGCUCAGGUGGUAGGGAGUGAGGUGUGGGAUAUAUAAGAUAACAGGCGAGGACAAUUUCACUAUAGGUAGGG